AUGUUUCCUCGGUCUUCUUUUGUCGUGUCGAAACAUUGCGCCAUCAUUUGUCUGAAGCAAGGCCUAGAGCUAACGGAUGUUACCAUUUCUCUCGAUGAACGCUGUGUCACAGCUACAGUCAAGGCUGCCGAGCACACCAUAUGUAAAAUGGCCAACGUGUAUAUGCCAGCACAGGCAGCCAGUCGCCAUGCUUUCCUUCCGAUGCUGAUGUCCAUGCCUUUUUGGUCUGAUAUGCUGGAUUCUCAAUGGAUUUUGCUUAGGGAUUUCAACAUACAUUUACAUGAUGCCGUCGAAUCUCGAGGUCCUAGGAUCAAGCCCUUUGUGGAAUGGUUAAAUACUCACUUCUUCAACUGCUUUCCCAACGGCACCACGACCCUCCCUCACACCGGUACCACUAUUGACUAUGUUUUUGCUCCUCCCAAUCUGGCUACUCGACUGGUCAAUGCUCAAACCCACCACAUACCACCACCGUGGACAGAUCACAGUCUUUUAACCAUUGGUCUGAUCACAACUGACGUGAAGCUGGGCCCGGGCAGUUGGCGUUUUAAUCCAUACUUGCUGGAAAACCUUGAAUUCCAAGCUCUGUUGGAUACAACAGUGGCAUUCUUUUUGGCUUCGGAUUACUGUGGGGAAAAUGUGGCUUUGGCAGGUGUCUCUGGUGCUGGUAUCUCUGGUGCUGAUGGCUCUGGAUCAGGCGUCUCUGGUGCUGGCCAGAAGGCCCGAUACGAAGCUCGAGUUUCUCGUCUUCAACGUGAACGUGAACAGUUGCUGGGUGGCAAGAAGGCAUCGGCUCGAAUAAAGAAGCUAGAGGAAAUCAUUGAGCAAAAGAUUCAGGAAGACACUCGUCAAGCCAUGCUGCGUUCGGCCACUCGAUGGCUCGAGCAGGGGGAACAAAACACCAAGUACUUCUUUAAUGUGAUUAAGGAUCGGGAGGCUCAACAAACUAUUCAAUCUCUGAAGAAGGCCACUGUGGGUAAGAAACUAACAUCCAUGGGUGACAUUCUCCACGAAACCUGCUCCUUCUAUCAAGAUUUAUAUACUCCUGAAGCAAUUGAUCUGACUGCUGUUGAUUCUCUCUUGGCCAAUGUCCCUGAAGAGGUGAAGCUACCAGAAGCAGAUGCAGAAAGGCUCAUCGAACCACCCUCCGCAGACUCUGUCUUGCUAUUGCUUGACCAUGCACCCAAGAACAAGUCUCCCGGUUUGGAUGGCCUUCCAUUCGAGGUCUAUCGAUAUUUGGCUGCGAAAUUUCCUCCUGUACUGCGUCUCUUGCAACAACUGUUGACAGAGGCUUUGCAUGGCUUGUUUCCUGCAUCGUGGAUGCAGACGAGGAUGGUGCUCCUGUUCAAAAAGGGUGACCCAGAAUUACUCGAAAACUGGCGACCACUUUCCUUGAUCAACAGCGAUGCCAAACUAUUCACCAAGUUGCUUGCCAACAGGUUCCAGAAAGUUCUCUCCCAGCUGAUCACUCCCUAUCAAACGGGCUUUAUGCCUCACCGGCUUAUCUCGGACAAUGCUUGA